GCGCCACCGUGAACCACCGUUGCCGGUGUUCGACCAUUGUUGUGAGGUUGUACAACCAGCUGCUCCACCGUUGCCUUUGGAUGUUUUUAGCUUCUUUUUUCAAACAAGGGUAACACACUAACACAGUAACACCCUAACCAUAGACACCUACUCACUAGUCAUUACCAUGCCGAUGGAAUCUAAUUGCACCAAUCUUUUCACCGUUUUCUACACAUAUUGGAUUUUAGAAAACCCUAAAAGACAAUAGUGUUGGAUCUCCCAACAAUUCUAGCUAGACUUGGCACUGCAGAUCAUAUUAAGAAAACUUGAGCUUGUUCAUGACAUCGUCGUUCCUAGUUGGGCCAGCCCAAUUCUACAUUUCCCCUGAUCGGCCUGUAACAAACAACAACUGCACCCUUCAAUUCUUUAGCCGAAGAUUCAAUUCAAUUGGAUUCGGAUCGUCCAAGUUCACACGCAAUAGCAGCCUCAAAGUUGCCAUGGCCGAUUCCGACUCCAAUUCCAGCGGAGCAGAUUAUGCAGAGAUCAUGGUAAUCCGUCAUGGCGAAACCGCCUGGAAUGCUGAUGGUAGAAUCCAGGGGCAUCUGGAUGUUGAAUUGAAUGAUGCUGGGAGGAAGCAAGCAGCUGCAGUGGCCAAUAGAUUAUCCAAGGAUCCUAAAAUCUCACUUGUAUACUCAUCUGACUUGAAACGAGCUUAUGAGACUGCUCAAAUAAUUGCAGCCAGGUGCGGUGGGCUAAAUGUUGUGACGGAUCCCAAUUUACGUGAAAGACACUUGGGUGAUCUUCAAGGCCUUGUAAUUAGAGAAGCGGCCAAACUUAGUCCCGAGGCCUACCGGGCCUUUAAUUCUCACCGUACAUGUCAAGAUAUUCCGGGUGGCGGAGAAAGUCUUGAUCAACUUUAUGACCGUUGCACAGCUGCAUUGGAGAGAAUUGGUGGUAUGCACAAAGGAGAGCGAGUGGUUGUGGUCACUCAUGGGGGUGUCAUCAGAUCACUGUACCAGCGGGCUUGCCCAAAUGGCAGGUCCAUAGGGAAAGUGACCAAUACAUCGAUCAACACAUUUCACUUGUAUGAUGAGGACAAAUGGACCAUAAAAUCGUGGGGUGAUGUUAGUCAUAUGAAGGAAACAGAUUAUCUGGAAUCAGGUUUCGGUGGGGAUGGAACUUCUGGUGCAGUCUAUCGAUCCCAGCAUUGGUUAGGAAACUUCAUGCCAGCUGGAUAUUUCCCGAACUGGAAAGUAGUUACUUUUCUGAGAUGA